CUUGCCUUCGACCGCCACUGACUUCGGGUCCAGACGACAGCCCAUAGAACGCGUACCCCAUAGCUCAGUAACACCACAAUCGCGAGGCAAGCUCUGCAUGACACGAUCGUAGCGAUCACAGACAACCUGUUGUGAUGGCUCCUCCCGUCCAGGUAACUCAGUGGCUGCAACGUGCUUAUCCCCGUCCUAGGGUAGACCAGGACUGGCUAAAUGAGUGUUAUGCUUGGGUCAGAGAUGAAUACAACUUCGACCCAGCGACACAAAUGGACCAAAUCAUCCACAACGUCGAAACACAAUUGCUAGAGUCCGAUCUCAGGGAUUCCGUGGUCGCAGGAACAGGCCUGUCUCACCUCUCAUCCGAGGUCAAAGAAACAAUCAUCCGCGGCCCGGUCCUCGUGCAGGUUCUCAGCAUAAUGGAAAUCGGGCAGAGCGCGUUUUCGUUGAUGAACGUUCGACAAGCAAGGCUCGAGCGCGCUGAUAUGGCCGGUCUUGCGAGGGCGGAGGACGAUGAAGAUGACGGGCCCAUCCCAUCCUAUCCACGCUCAAUGCUCCGCUUCGAGCUCACGGACGGCUCGGUCACCUUGCCGGCUGUGGAAUACCGUCGCUUGCCAGAGUUCAACCUCGGGGAGAGCAGGCUCGGGUUCAAGAUGAUCCUCAAAAACGUGCCCGUCCGAAGAGGCAUCGCCUUUCUCGAGCCCAAGUGCGUGGUCAUGAAGGGCCACCAUGUCGCCGACCUCGAGGCCUUCCAAGACCGGAACUUCGCCCGUGCUUUGCGAGAGAGGAUGCGGUACGUCCCUCACGAUACAUCCUCAUCGACUGAUUUGACGGUACGCAUAUACUGUAGCCUGCCUCACGAUCCAGCACUCGACAACCCAGAGCCUCAGCCUCAGCCUCAGCCUGAAGCUGUAGCGCCGCAGGCACCCGCACAAGCUCCGCCGCGCAACCCAGAACGCCAGGCAGCACCCGACACACGUUCGACUCAGAUGCGUUCCCCACUCCGCGACCUCUCAGAGCCACCCGCCUCUCCGGCCGCAGGACCGUCCGGCUCGAACCACGACGACGAUGCAGGGCAGCCGCGGCGGCGCAAGGUCCCUAGCCGUGCAAACCGCACUCCAUCACCAGAACCACCCGCCCGUGCGGCGGCGGCGGCCAACGUCCGCUCACACUACUUCCAUAAUGCCGGACCCGGCGCGUCCAACCCCUCCGCGGCGCUCGCACGCGAACGCCUCCUCUCGCCGAACGGCCGACCCCCGAUCUUCGUGCCGGACAGCGACGAGGAUGAGAGCAUGGAGUGGCAGGUGGCUGGGGCCCGUGCGCGCGAGCCUCCCGCGCCCGCGGUGAACGGGUCGAGCUCGGACUUUGACAUGGGCGACGAGGACUACUUCAACGACGAGGCGAUCCUGGAGCUGGCGGAUCGCGUGGAAAGGGAGGAACUGGCGCUGCAGUCGCAGUCGCAGGGCGCCGGUGGUCGUGCGACCGCCUCGACCUCAGGUUCACUGGCUCAGACAGGCUCAAGCGGGAGGACGGUGGUAGCGACCGCUUCUACGCUGAGAACGGCUGUCGCGUCGACAUCGGGCGUUGCUGGGCCGUCUGCCAAUCCUCGGUCUGGCUCUGAGAGCACGACCAUUAGGGGGUCGAGCUUGGCGCGAGGGAGAGCGGAGAGCAGUCGCCCGGGGACUCAGAGGAGCGCAGGUCUGGGAAUAAUAGCGUCGGAUGUGAUCACGAUCGAUGACUCGGACACUGACGACAAGGAAAACGUACCGGUACCGACGAGACAUGUCAGGAGGCGCGUGAGGCCCCCUCGUAGCCAGGAUCCGGGAGACAUCAUCGAGCUGUCCGACUAGAGCGUCGUAUAUGUUGACAAAGUGGGAACGUCAGGUUGCCACGAAUGCGCGAGUGUGCUACGAGACGUACUGAUAGAUACCCUUCUUUCUGCUUGCAUAGUCGGUA